UUAGGUUAGAACUUAAGCUCCACCCACUUAUACCGUGGUCAGACAUAACCUGUAUUCAUUUCAGUCGUCGAGCAGUUUGUUUACAUUCUGCAAGUCGAUUGAGCCAUUCUUUUUAGUUUUUCCCGUCGUGUUACACUAACGUCAGAGACACAAGAUGGGUAUAUCCCGUGAUACAUGGCAUAAACGUAGGAAGACCGGAGGUAAGCGCAAGCCCCUCCGCAAGAAGAGGAAGUAUGAGUUGGGUCGCCCGGCUGCCAACACGAAGCUUGGAGCUCGUCGUGUACACAUUGUUCGUACCCGAGGAGGUAACAAGAAAUACAGAGCAUUAAGAUUGGAUCAAGGAAAUUUUUCAUGGGGUUCUGAAGGUAUUUCUGCUAAAACUCGUAUCAUUGAUGUUAUCUACAACGCAUCAAACAAUGAGUUGGUCAGAACCAAAACUUUGGUUAAAAACGCAAUUGUAGUCAUAGAUGCAACACCAUUCCGUCAAUGGUAUGAAGGCCAUUACGCGUUGCCUAUUGGAAGAAGGAAGACUACAAAAUUAACUGAAGCUGAAGAUGCAGUAUUGAAUAAGAAGCGAUCAUCAAAGGCUGAAGUUAAAUACAAGAAAAGGCAACGUUUUGCCAAAGUAGAACCUGCAAUCGAUGAGCAGUUCCAAACCUCACGUUUAUUAGCAUGCUUGGGAAGCAGACCUGGUCAAUGUGGACGUGCUGAUGGUUACAUCUUAGAAGGCAAAGAAUUGGAAUUUUACCACAGGAAGAUCAAGGCCAAGAAAGGCAAAUAAAUAAAUGUUAUUUUGUAAUGAUGUUCAUGUUCUUCUGACAUUAUUAAAUAACAAAUGUUUUUUGACAUAA